AUGAUAUUAUUCAGGUUAUGGAGUUUCAUUUACCAAAUAUGGACAUUCGAAAAGAUACCGGAAGAUUGGAAAAUAGCAUUACUAUGCUCAGUUCAUAAGAAAGGCGAUAAACAAGAUAGCAAUAAUAAUCGUAGAAUUGCCCUUCUAAGUGUUGCGUAUAAAGUUUUAGAGAACUGUAUCUUGUCAUGGAUAAAAAUAAAAUUGAAGCAAAUCAUUGACGAUUACCAAGGAGGCUUUAGGCCAGGAAGAUCUACAGUAGACUAG